ACAAAAACUUCAUUGAUGAAAACAUUGUGGUGCCUAUUUUACUUCACAUCCUGCCAUUCUUCCGUUUUAAAUUCGGUUUCUGUUAUAACGGUGCAACAGAAGUUGAAGAGUUACCGCAGUUAUUAAAUAGACAUUUAAACAGCAUCUGCCGUGUGUUCCAAGUAGACGCGACUUCGUGCUUAAACAAAUAAUAUUUGUUUUUGUUCUGUGCCAGACAAAGCCAUGGAAGUAGAAAACAAAUCACACCGGCGCUCGGCACCAGUCAAGAAACCAGUCGGCAAACCAAGGACGAAGCAACCAAAGAAGGUCAAAUUUAUAACGACCGAAAUCCGCUGCCAGGAGAUGUCGAAGGGCGGGCUGGCGUACGAGGUGAUCCUCGCCGAGCCAGUCGGCGUGCCCGCGCCGCGCCGCGCCGACUCCCCCGAGAAGACCCCGUCUGUCGAGGAGAUACAGGAGAAACUGAAGGCUGCCGAGGAGAGGAGACGUAGUCUGGAAGCCAGCAAAAUGGCCGCGAUCGCCCAGAAGAUGGCCAAGAUCGAGGAGGCGUCGCGGUUCCGCAGCGAGCAGUCCAACAACUUCAUCGCCAGCACCAAGGAGGCACUGGACGCCAAGAUGGACUCCCACGAGGAGAAGCGCGAAGCGUACAUCAACGAGCUGAGGGCUCGGCUCAAGGACCAUCUCGAGGGUGUCGAGAAGACAAGGUUGACCCUGGAGCAGCAGACGGCCGAGGUGUACAAGGCCAUCGAGGAGAAGAUGAACACGGCGGCCGCGCAGCGCGACGGGAACAUCAAGAAGAUGCUCGAGCGCCUGCGCGAACAUGAGGAGCAGGUGCGCAAGGUCCGCGCCGGCAACCAGGAGCGCUUCCAGCAGCUCGAGACCUCCAUCCAGGACAAGCUGCAGCAGGCCGAGGAGCGCCGCCUCGCCCGAGACGCCGAGCAGCGCGAGAAACGGCGCCAUCAUAACGCUAAGAUCGAGGAGGCGCGCUCGACCGUGACGGCCAAGGUGGAGGAGAUCACCAAGGACAUCGAGACCAAGCUCAGCGCCGCCGAACAGAAGCGGGAGCUUGAGAUACAGAAGAAACUCGCCUUUGUUAAGGAGGAGGAGCGGCGCGCGGAGCUGGUGCGCCAGAACAAGAGCGCCCGCGCCGACACCGAGCCCGCGCCCUCCUGCGGGUAGAGGGGGGAGGGGGAGGACCUGGGGGGGGGGGGGGGGACGCACGCACACACAAACCGGGACCCGCACACACACCGAGCCACGCGCCCAGACAUCAACACACUCAACUUUGUAUCAAGAUAAGAAGAGAUGUUAGGCUAUGAAGUGAAACGAAUCACGUUUAAAACUAGAGAAAUGUAAUUUUCUAAAUAGCAGCUUGCCUGUGGGACUUCGAAUUCUCUUGAAACACCAGUAAUCUAUAAUUAAUGAAUGGGCCUUGACUUUAACGAAGCCUUUUCUUUUUUUAAACGUGUAUUCGCAGCAACUUUAGGAAAAUGGAGGGUUCUAUUACUAAUAUCGUAAAAUAGGCCAUCAAAUAUUAUUGAAGUAUUUCAGAGGCUUUAUAAUCGUAAAAUGUGCCAGUGCAUGUUAACCCUUUCGGUGCCAAUGAACAAAAUGAACACACCUAGGGUGUUCUUGGCAGUGAAGUGAAUGUGUUAAAAUUGCUCGCUUAAUUUGAAUAUGCCUUGACACAAAUAUCGGUGAGAAAACUGACGUAAUAUUAAAUGGGCUAUAGUUACAUUGAAUUAACUUGAGAAUAUUUGUAGAUUUUAUAAUAGAGACCCUGGUUGUCAUGUCACUAACAGUAGCAGCACAUUAUAUAGUUUUUUACAUCACAUUACUAAUGUUGUGCGACAUUACAUGAUAAGAAAAGCAGUCUUAUAAAUAAACUAUUGUUUGUGGUCUCGUUGGCUGUUUGGGCUCUAUUUAAAAUGUCUAUGAUCUAUGGUCCUGUCAGAUCAACUUAUAAGUAACAUGCCAGCCAUGGAGACUAUAUAAAGGAGCCAAAUAUCUAUGUAUGAAAAGUGUCCAUCAAAAAACAGUAAUUAGGCGGCGCCACCAUACACCGAAAUACUACCAAAAACAACCUACGUAAUUUGGUCGGGUUAUUUGUUGCCUUAUAUGGUUCAUGUUAUACUCAUGUCCCAGAGCCUAACUAGCGCCACCGGAGAGAUUAGGAACUAUUAUUUAAAGCUGAAAGCGGUCACUUUUGCAACAAUUCUGCCAUAAGAGAUUGGCAUCCUUUCUAUACCGUCCAUAAUGCCAGCGCUCAUCAUGCAUUGAUUUGAUAAAAAUACAAUUAUUGCUUGUAAAAGAGAGGUAAUGUCUAAGAAAAAUCGUGCUACCUAGUUUGACAGGCGAAACAGAUACGUAUAUUUUCAAACCGAAUUGUCAAACGUACAUUUUUGACAAACAGUUACUGCAUGUCAGCUGUCAAAUUCGAAGCACGAAGUUAUGGACGGUAUAGAAAGGACGACAAUCUCUUAUUUCAGAACUAUUGUAAAAGUGACCAGCUUUCAGCUUUAAAUAAUAGUUCCUAAUCUCUCCGGUGGCGCUAGUUAGGCUCUGGGACAUGAGUAUAACAUGAGCCAUAUAAGGCAACAAAAAACCCGACCAAAUUACGUAGGUUGUUUUUGGUAGUAUUUCGGUGUAUGGUGGCGCCGCCUAAUUACUGUUUUUGAUGGACACUUUUCGUACAUAGAGAUUUGGCUCCUUUAUAUAGUCUCCAUGCACGAAGUCUUAUGGCGUUAUUCAUAAACGCGUUACUGGCCUGAAUUAGGUAUGAAUCGUUUGUCUUUAUCUGUCAUUUUGACUUAUGUAUUUGUAAGAAAGAGAUAAAACAUAAUUUAACUAAAUCAGGCCCGUAAAGUUUUAUGGGUUACUCAUCUAGUGCAAUUAAUAUAUGUAUUGUCACUACUUUUUUUCAAAGUAGUCACGAUAUCUUUGUUGGUAAUAGAACCGUGAAAAUGUAAUACGUCGAGUCAAUGGUGUUUUAGAAGUGCGGUGCGUCCCGCUUACACUCGUGUUCGCGCUUCGAUGAAACAUUUUAAUUUCCAACUUUUUCAUGUCAUCAUGGCAACAUUGCUGAGGCCUCAUAUCGUGAUCUCAUUUGAAACUCCUACCCGGUUUUAUACGUGAACCUUAACUCUAUCCUAUAAGGACUAAAAUCGAAUGGAAUCAUGCUACAUUUUACACAAUUCAUUCAAGUUUUAAAGGAUUUUGAGCGGGCGUUCGGGAUACAAACAUCCCUAUAGUUAGUUAUAGACUUAUAUCAUUAUUUUAAAUGUUUAUCAUACGCGGCAGUAUUUUUAGGAAAGUAUAAUAAAGGUAAUGUAAUUUAAGUUGUCACAUUCGUAUCGAUAAUUCGCCAUUGCUACCGUCUGUGUGUAUUAUCGGACCGAAAAUGUUUGUAUGGAUCAACGAUCUAAUUAAACAUGCCACUGGUCACAUAUUUAAACGCCUUUUAAUCCCUUGGAGUUAUGAAAUUAGUUAUAUUUAUGACUAGUGGAAUGUUUGGUAAUGUUGGUAAUAUCGGAACAACGUUGUUUAAAAUAUAUGACAAUACUUUGAACAUAGGAGUUUGUCACAUUAAUAUUAACAGGAUAUUAUUCACAUUGGACAUUGCAAUCAAAUAUUAUUAGCUCUAUAGCACUUACCUAUCAUAGUUCAUAUCUUAGUUCCCAAAAGUGACAGUUAGUUAGCUAGAUAAAAAUACAGAUAAUUCACUUAAAACAGUUUUGAAAUGAAUUAUUUGGUCUGCAAUGUUCGGAAAAUUAGGAUUGUUGGUCGUGGGUGUGUGGCUGGUUGUGUCGGCCCUAAGACAUGUUCGGAUAUAUUCGGACAUGUUCGGAUAUGCCCGGGCGUGCUCGGUCUUUGAUAUCACAAUAUUAUAGCCUUUUAAACCCCGCUAGGUAUACAAAAUGUCUAAUAUGCAAAUUUUGAUUGAAUUUCUUUUACUCGAAACAAAAGUACAGUUGUAACUUUGUUUGAUCAAUGAAAGGUUUCAAUUAUAUAGGCUGUGUUCGCCACAGUGUUAAGUGUCCUAAUGGUUGACAUCUUUCAAAUACUUGUUGGCCCACGAAAGUCUCAAUUUUUCUGACCAAUUAGACCGAUCUGUAGCCUUAUAAGUUAUCACGACUGCCAUAGCAGUGUCAUACUGACAUAUGUGACGUUUUCAACCAAAAGGUACCACAUUGUCGCUUGUUGAUAAGGUUGAUAUCUAAUUGAAGCUAUAUGGAAAUAGCUCCUUACUGACAAGCGACAAUGAGUACCCUUUUGGUUGAAAAUGGCACAUUCGCUAACGUCUGCGUAACUUACUUUCUAUACAUCUAGCUCGCACUAAUAUGCGAGUACGAGCGAGAUGAAUAGAAAGUAAUUUACGCACACGCUAGCGAAUACGUCAGUGUCAAACUAGUGGUAGCCGUACUGUAAUUGAUGCAAAAGCAUGAUUGGGUUUACUAAUAGAAUUACAGUAUCUGGGAUAUAAAAAACAAAACAACAGCUUAAUAUUGUGAUAUCUAUGGCCAGGCCUUACCAGCGUUGGACAGAGCUCACUCGAUCUCAAAGAAACAAUAAAAAUAGAAGUGCCUCACUAUUUCAUAAUCGGCUCUCUGAUAUCAAUAGAGUGUAAAAACUUGAAAACUGCCUUUCAUAGCGUUUUAUAUAUUUUUAAAGGUAGUGGGGCUGAGUCGGGCACGGCUUCUGUGAUGUUUUGCUCUAGUGAUAUGUGUAUCGACUUCGGUUAGGCACAAAUUAUAUCGAUACAUUUAAGCGCAGAGAAAUAAACUCAAUAUACAUGCGGAGUCUGAAUUAGAAUAUCUUUUUAAUACUACGAGUGUGGCAAUAAAAGUUUGAGGUUUGAUAAACGGUUAACCUAGCCCAUGGCAGCUUGCAAUGUUGGUGGUGUCACACGCGCGUUGCUAACCCUUAGUGGUCCUGAAAAACAGCAGCACGAAUCGUAACGAAUUCUUAAUAAAAUCCGCAUGUAUAUUCGUUUAUUAGUCUGUUUUAAGUUACGGAGAGCAUCCUGUAUUUUAUAGUAUGUUUUCGCGGUUAAUUUAGGGUCAGUGGGAGGAUAAUAAUUGUAUAUAAGUUAGUCGGUAUCGCUUGCCGCGGAGGCUUCGCUCGGUGUCCUGAUAAGGACUAUUGUAAACAGAGACCGAUAAAUAAUAAAGAAUGUUCAUUUCAAGUUCCUUUAAAAUGUUUUCCCUGAAUCUAUGAAAUGAAUUCUGUUGAUAUCGAUUUGAUGCGUCAAAAAUUUCAGGGAACGCAUUGUGAAUUAGAAUUCUAUAGCUUGGCCCAGGACUGUCUAAUUUUAAACAUAGAUAAAAGAGAAUCAAACUGCCUUUUUUUUACGCCAGUACUUACUAGCACCCAAAAAAAGGGAUGUGUAUAGUUUUUUCUCUUCUUAUUUACUGACAAAUUGAGUUCGCCAGACUGUAUUAUUUAUUUGUCUCUGGUGUAGGUACUAGCUUGUGUAACCUUCUGACCAAUCGCCUUGGGUAUUGUGACGCCUUUUUCUCACGAUCGGGAAUCAUGUAUGCGAGAAGCUUGUCGGCCUAGUGCCGUAUGUUUGGUUGUUUUAUAUUUUCAGUCUUGAUGUGCUUCAGUUCGUGGGCAGUUGAAGUACUUUUGUAGGUUCAUUGUCGUAUUGAAUAAAGUCAUAAAUAUUAAUUAA